CCUUUCCCCUUUUUUCCUGACGUUUAAACUCCGGUUUAAUGGAAGCUGGAGUGGAUCAAAGUGCACGAACAGUCCAGACGGUGAAAAGCACACCUUGCUCCGUUUUAAUAGUGAAGAAUUAUUAAAGUUAAGCCAUGCAGAGGAGACCCAUCAAACAGCGCGAUUCGCCCCCCGACGGCAAGGACAGGGGGGCGGCCAGCGCUCACAGGAAGGACGGCGCUGGGUCCCGUCGGUGGCUGAAAAGGGCUUUACUGGCUGUUGCUGUCUGCAUCCUGGUACCCGUCACAUAUAAAGUAAUCCCUAAUCUAAUGCAGGACAUCGUUCACACCUACAGGCUCAGCGUGCCGUUCUUCGAGGACCUGGGCCGACCCGCUGACUUCUCCCUCAAUCACACCAUCAACAUGUACUUGACAUCAGAGGAAGGCAUUUCCCUGGGUGUGUGGCACACGGUUCCUGAAAGUCGGUGGAAAGAAGCUCAGGGGAAGGACCUGACGUGGUACCAGAACACCUUAAAUGAUGGAAGUCCAGUCUUCAUCUAUCUGCACGGUAACACGGGCACAAGAGCAGCUCCACACCGGGUGGGAGUGGCAAAACUGCUGAGUGCGCUGGGUUACCAUGUGCUGGUGCCUGACUACAGAGGUUUUGGAGACUCCACCGGAGAACCCACUGAAUCCGGCCUGACCACAGACGCCCUGCACGUCUACAACUGGGUGAAAGCGCGCAGCGGGGACAGCCUGGUGGUCAUCUGGGGACACUCUCUGGGCACCGGGGUGACCUGUAACACUGCUGUCAAGCUGCUGGAGGACGGCGUCGUCUUUGACGGAGUGAUCCUGGAGGGGGCCUUCAAUGCCGAUCGACAGCAGAUACCGUUUUAUGUUUUUGCCUGGUAUUACACAAAAUUUCCAGGCAUCAAGAACUUGUUCAGUUUCCUGUGGGAGAAAAGAGCGGCCGUCUUUAACACGGAGCGCAAUCUGAAGCAAAUGAGAAGUCCGAUCAUGUUCCUGCAUUCGGAGGACGAUCACUUAGUUCCCAUCGAAAUAGCUCGACAGACGUACGCGGUUGCUGCAAAGGCCCAAGGUGAAGACAGAGUCAAGCUGGUGACAUUUGACGGGUCUCUGGGAUAUCUGCACAACGGCUUAUAUCGGGACCCCAAGCUGCCGGGCGUCUUAAAGGAGUUUGUGAAGUCCUUGUAGCGCCGGAGAGAGUACUGGGACGUCGGCCAAAGAGUGACCUGAACGCAUCGUCAAUCAAUCUUUUUCAGGCUCUUCUAAUGGUUUUAACGACGUCUGUCAUCAUUAAAAUGUUUGAUCAGUUUUUGAUCUUUUGGUUUCACAACACAACAGAUAUGAAUAUUGAUCUUUUUAGAGACAAAUGGGAAGAAAUGCAACCUAAAUGAUUAACCUCUCCACUAUAGGGAUUUUGUGCAGCUGAAGCACAAUAACUAACAAACAGGAAUUUAUAUCUUAAGAUGUAAAGUUAACAAACCAAGCUCAGGGUUCAAAUCCUGUUUUGUUUAUUUUGACAAUAUUUUUUUACAAAAUCAUUGAAUAAUUAUGAGAGUUUUUGGAUCACUUGCAGUUCUUUUGCAAAAGCUGAUGACAUUCUUAACAAUCA